ACAAAGGACAAACCACACACACAGGUGUGGGAAGAGGGGACUGAUGGGAAGGCUUGUUUUUUUUUUUUUUUACCUUUUAUGCUCUGUUCUGAAGGUCACUGAGGCUUGAGAGAUGAAAACUAACAAUGUAAUAAUAGCACCAAAAAGUAUGGGCUUUACCUAUCGACUCAGGCCUUUAACUGGGUAAGGCUGUAACACUCAGGCACAGGAUAUUAAUUUGUCUUAUUCUGAACAUUCCUUUUGAAAUUCCACCUUAUCAAUAACGUAUCCAGGAAACCAGCAAUCUUUAUACUUUAAUUCGUAAAGACAAACAAAACAGCUCCUGCAACAGGAAAAAUGAAGUGCAGUCUAGCUGAACCUCAGUGAGGAAAGCUGGAGAUCCAUUCGAUUUCCAGGUUUCCCAGAAACAUAAGCCUACUAGGAAUACAUACCAAAGCCUCCAGAAUUCACAAAUAGAUACCACCAGAAAAUCUACACAGCUGCCCCAGGUGAACAUACAUGUGGUACAGCAGAAGAGAAUGAAUAAAGGGUUGAGGGACAUUCUGCCAUAUUGAAAAGAGAUAGACAGACUGACAGACAGGUAGGCAGAUAGGAAGGCAAGCAAACAGACAGCCAGUAAAGAAGACAGACUGACAGAGAAACAGUAAGAUAGAAGGACAAGAAGAAAGACAGACAGGCAGCAAGACAGAUAAACAAGCAGAAAAGGACAGGAAGGCAGACAGUAAGACAGAUUGCAGACGGGUAGGCAAACAGAAGCUGGCAGCAGAUUAUAAAACAGACAGGCAGACAGUAAUACAGACGUUAAGACAGGGAGACAGACAGGGAGACAGGCAGGCAGACCGACCUCGGGAAUGUGUGUAUAUGGGUGUGGGGCUGGGGGUAGAAACUCAACUUUCCGAAGCUUUGGCAAAGUUCACAGCCAAACCCCAUGUCCUCAGGCCCACCCAUCCUAGCCCAUGGCCAAGCACCAAAGUAAGCAUCUGGCCCCCACUGCUUGCCCUGGCUCUGUUUCCCAGCCUCUUCUCAUCAUCCUUCCUGCUUUCCUUCCCUAGCUCGGGCGGAAGGUCGGGAUCUAAGCGCCGCCAGAGCUGCUCCCCACCCCCGCCCGCUGCGCAGAGGCCAGCGGAGUCCGCAGUAGCCGCAGCGGGGCGGGCGGGCGGCCGCAGGAGCUGCAUUGGGAGCUGCUGCAGCCCAGCCGGCAGCGGCACGAGCCCAUGGCCAGGAGUCCGGCCCAGCAGCCGCAGCCGCAGCCGCAACCCCAGCAGCAAGGGCCACGGCAGCUUUCCUCUUCCAGCCCCUGCUUGCCAUCCGGGCCGCUGGCCGACCCUGAUCCGGAGCAAGAUGCCGAACACCUCGGGCCUGGACAAAGCUCUGAAAAUGUCUCUGCGGAGGAAAUCGAAGAUUCAUUCGUCAGCGGGACCUGUUUAUACCACCUCAAGCUACAAGAAAGCGGAUGAUGAGAUGUCCGGGACCACGUCCACUGCUGACCUGGAGGAAGCACCUACUCGUACCAUUUACUUCAACCAGCCCCAGCAGACCAAGUUCCACGACAACCAAGUCAGCACAGCAAAGUACAGUGUGGUUACAUUUCUACCUCGAUUCUUGUAUGAGCAGAUUAGAAGAGCUGCUAACGCCUUCUUCCUCUUCAUUGCCUUAUUGCAGCAAAUUCCAGAUGUUUCUCCAACAGGAAGAUAUACCACCCUGGUGCCAUUGAUAUUUAUCCUAACAGUUGCAGGCAUCAAAGAGAUUAUAGAAGAUUAUAAACGUCACAAAGCUGACAACACAGUUAACCGAAAGAAAGCAAUAGUGUUAAGAAAUGGUAUGUGGCAGAACAUUAUUUGGAAAGAGGUGGCUGUUGGAGAUGUCGUGAAGGUCACCAAUGGGCAAUAUUUUCCAGCAGACUUGAUUCUUAUUUCUUCCAGUGAACCUCAGGCAAUGUGCUAUAUUGAAACAUCUAAUCUGGAUGGGGAGACCAAUCUUAAAAUUCGGCAGGGUUUGACUCAGACAGCUAAUCUGACUUCAAGGGAGCAAUUGAUAAAAGUAUCUGGGAGAAUAGAAUGUGAAGGUCCCAACCGACACCUUUAUGACUUCACUGGAAACUUGUGUUUAGACGGUAACAGUUCAGUUUCAAUUGGGCCUGACCAGAUCUUACUAAGAGGUGCUCAGCUUAGGAAUACUCAGUGGGUCUUUGGCAUAGUUGUAUACACUGGACACGACACCAAGCUCAUGCAGAAUUCAACUAAAGCACCUCUCAAGAGAUCCAAUGUUGAGAAAGUGACCAAUGUGCAAAUUCUGGUUUUGUUCUGCAUUCUACUGGUCAUGGCCCUAGUGAGUUCUGUGGGCGCAUUGCUAUGGAACCGAACCCAUGAAAACAUAAGCUGGUACAUUAGUGAAAUAGAGGGAAUUUCCAACAAUUUUGGAUAUAAUCUGUUGACAUUUAUCAUCUUGUACAACAAUCUUAUUCCAAUUAGUCUUCUGGUCACUCUUGAAGUUGUAAAAUUUAUUCAGGCCCUUUUUAUAAACUGGGACCUGGAUAUGUAUUAUAUGGAAAAUGACACCCCUGCAAUGGCCCGGACAUCAAACCUUAAUGAAGAGCUUGGGCAGGUCAAAUAUCUAUUUUCUGAUAAAACGGGAACUCUUACAUGCAACAUUAUGACCUUCAAGAAGUGUAGCAUCGCAGGAGUAACCUAUGGUCAUUUCCCAGAGUUGGAAAGAGAACGCUCCUCAGAAGACUUCAGUCAGUUGCCUCCUCCCACUAGUGAUUCAUGUAUAUUCGAUGACCCAAGAUUGUUACAGAACAUUGAAAAUGAUCAUCCCACCGCUGCGUGUAUACAGGAGUUCCUUACCUUGCUGGCUGUUUGUCACACUGUUGUUCCAGAGCAUGAUGGCAAUACUAUCAACUACCAGGCCUCUUCCCCAGAUGAAGGGGCAUUAGUGAAAGGAGCAAAAAAACUUGGCUUCGUCUGUACUGCAAGAACUCCUGAUUCUGUUAUCAUAGAAGUUUUGGGUCAAGAAGAAACAUUUAAAAUUCUUAACAUCCUGGAGUUUUCAAGUGACAGAAAAAGGAUGUCGGUAAUUGUUCGAACACCAUCAGGACAAAUUCGCCUCUACUGCAAAGGAGCUGAUAAUGUGAUUUAUGAGAGACUGUCAGAGAAAUCUGAGUUCACAGAACAAACUUUGUGCCAUCUUGAAUAUUUUGCUACAGAAGGUUUGAGGACACUCUGUAUUGCCUAUGCAGACAUAUCUGAGGAUGUGUACCAGGAAUGGUUGACUGUUUAUAAUAUGGCCAGUGCAACUUUGAAAGACAGAACUCGGAGGUUGGAAGAGUGCUAUGAAAUCAUUGAAAAGGAUCUCCUGCUCCUUGGAGCUACAGCCAUUGAGGAUCGUCUUCAGGCGGGUGUUCCAGAAACAAUAUCAACACUAAUGAAAGCAGAAAUUAAAAUAUGGAUCCUAACUGGAGAUAAGCAGGAAACAGCAAUCAACAUAGGCUAUGCCUGCAGACUGGUGUCACAAAACAUGUCUCUCAUUCUGGUGAAUGAACAUUCUUUGGAUGCAACAAGAGAAGCCCUUACUCAGCACUGUGUUUGCCUUGGAAAUUCUCUGGGCAAAGAAAAUGACAUUGCCUUGAUCAUUGAUGGCCACACACUGAAGUAUGCCCUCUCAUUUGAAGUCAGGCAGAUCUUCCUGGAUUUGGCCCUUUCGUGUAAAGCAGUCAUCUGUUGCAGAGUAUCUCCCUUGCAGAAGUCUGAAGUUGUUGACAUGGUUAAGAAGCAUGUGAAAGCCAUCACCCUCGCCAUCGGGGACGGUGCCAAUGAUGUGGGGAUGAUCCAGACUGCUCAUGUUGGCGUAGGGAUCAGUGGGAACGAGGGCAUGCAGGCAACAAACUCCUCCGAUUACGCCAUUGCACAGUUUGCCUACUUGGAGAAGCUUCUACUGGUGCACGGAGCCUGGAGUUACAAUCGAGUGACCAAAUGCAUCUUAUAUUGCUUCUACAAGAAUGUGGUGCUUUAUAUUAUUGAGCUUUGGUUUGCCUUCGUUAAUGGAUUUUCUGGACAGAUUUUAUUUGAACGAUGGUGCAUUGGCUUGUACAAUGUGAUUUUCACUGCAUUACCACCCUUCACUCUGGGAAUCUUUGAGCGGACUUGUACUCAGGAGAGCAUGCUCAGGUUUCCACAGCUCUACAGUAUUACCCAGAAUGCUGAAGGGUUUAACACAAAGGUUUUCUGGGGUCACUGCAUCAACGCCUUGAUCCACUCCAUCAUUCUCUUCUGGGGUCCAAUGAAAGUACUGGCGCACGAUGCAGUGUUGGCGAGUGGUCGGGUUGUAGACUAUUUAUUUGUUGGAAAUAUUGUUUAUACAUAUGUUGUUGUCACUGUUUGUCUAAAAGCUGGUUUAGAGACAAGAGCUUGGACAAAGUUUAGUCACCUGGCUGUUUGGGGAAGUAUAGUGCUCUGGAUGGCAUUUUUUGGAGUCUACUCGACCUUCUGGCCCGUCAUCCCCCUUGCACCAGACAUGCUUGGGCAGGCAGGAAUGGUGUUAAGAUGUGGAUACUUCUGGCUGGGUUUGCUUCUGGUGCCUGGGACAUGCUUACUUAAAGAUUUAGCAUGGACAGCGGCCAAGCAUACCUACCAUAAAACUUUGCUGGAGCAGGUUCAGGAGUUGGAAACUAAGUCCAAAGAUCUGGGGAAAACUAUGCUUCAUGAUAGUAAUGGAAAGAGGGCUGCCAAUGUGGAUUCCUCAGCUUGCUGAUCUUCAAGGGCCAUGCAUGUCCUUUGGUACCAUACCACUUGGAGUGGGCCUGAUGAGCUUAUUGAUUCUUUUUUCCUGGUGGCAGCAUGACUGUCACCUGAGCUAGAGCUACCCUCUGUGUUAUAUGUUUAAAUGAUUACACCUCCUCACCUCCUUUGCCUUCUGCACACCAGCAGGCCAGACAUCUCUGAGAGCAGGUCAUGCAAAUGAGUCCUUGCUCACAGCAUGGAACCAUUUCAUGGUAUGUUCAGUUAUGGUGAUUAAAUUAGAUUUGACAAAAACUAUAUAAAUUAGCAAAGAGAAGAAAACCUGGUGCCUGGGAAAAGUUUGCAUCCUAAUAGACAAGAUCAACAUUCUUUCAGUUUGGGAUGUCUUUUUGGAAGUAAAGAAUUAUGCACGUCCCUCAGUGAAAAGAGUCCUUUAGCAAUUGAAUGAGCAUUUUUACUAAACACCUGUUAUGUGCUGGGUACUCUACUAAGCUCUCUGAGUAUACAAAGACAAGAAAACAAAGUAGUCUCUACCCUCAAGAAGCUUACAAUCUAGAGUGACAUGACUAAUCCUUAUGUAAUUUCUUCUGAUUGAUGUAAAUGCCCAGAGAAAAAAGUUCCACAGUUUCUUGAUUUAUUAUC